UGAAACAUUUUGCAUGUUGACACGUCUUCACCAUCAGCACUGAGCUGCACAUCAACAACAACGGGGGCUUUAUUGUUGUUUGUUUAUGGUGAGCAUGAUGCGUCUGCACGGGUCAACAGGCAUGAUGGUAGCAGUACUGUUGGCUCUGCUGGCUUUCUGUCAACAAUGUGCCUCAGCUGACAGUGAAGCUCCACCAGAGGUCUCUCAGUACAAUGGCACCCUGUAUGCAGCCUGCAAAAUGAGACCCAGCACCACACUACCUGACGGUCUGCCCAAAGUGUAUGGCCAGGUGCUGUUCAAGCAGGAAUAUCCUCAGGAAAAACUCAGAGUCCUCAUUCGCAUCAAUGGCUUCCCCACAGACAGUGAUCCAGAGCCCAGGGCGGUGCACAUCCAUCAGUACGGAGACCUGAGCCAGGGGUGUGACUCCACUGGCGGCCACUACAAUCCACAUGGUGUGCACCACCCCAACCACCCUGGAGACUUUGGUAACUUUGAGCCCCAGGAAGGAAAAAUCAAUACGAUGAUAGAGUCUGAGGCAACGCUGUUCAGAGGGCUGUCUGUGAUUGGGAGAGCAGUGGUGAUCCAUGAGAAGGUGGACGACUUGGGGCGUGGUGGAGAUGCAGGGAGCCUGCUGCAUGGGAAUGCAGGCCGGAGGCUUGGAUGCUGCAUCAUUGGGAUAUCCUCCCCUAACCUGUGGAAUACGCACUAUAAGCUGUUUAACAGGCGGCUGAGGAGGAAUUAGUCUGAUGGUCAACAUACGGGAUUUGCCUCUGUAUUGAUUAAUUGUGUCCACUGUGUUCCUUGUCUGAAACAAAAAAUCAAUGACUUAAUCAAACCCCCCCCUUUUUCCAAACAUUCAAGAGAAGAACUGCUCCAACUUCAUGUAAGAGUAUUCCCAAAAUACUAAGAAUAAAGUACAGUAACUCAGAUAUGUUUUUAUCCAUGAUUGCAGCAGGGUUGGUUUGUUUGGUCCACCACUUUGGUCCAGACUAAAUAUCUCAACUAUUGAAAUUUGGUACAGAAAUGGUGCCCACACAAUGAAAUUAAAGUACCUUUCAUCUAGCACCACCAGCAGGACACAGUUUGACAUUUAUCCUGUCAAAUAUCUCACAUCUACACACAGAUUCACACAGUUUGGUUCAGACCUUCAUAUGUAACAGGGUCAGUUAUACAGCAGUAAUAGGUGUAACAAAGUCAAAUGUACGUUUGUAAUAUUAAGUAUUAUAAUUCUACCUGACAUGCUCAGGCCUCCAUAGUCAAUAUGUGGAGUGUUUGAUACUCAGUUUCUGUACCUCUGCAUUCAACUUUGGGGAAGCUCACCUAUAUAGGAGUGUCUCCCACCUGUCCUCUCCCCUUUUGCUGUUGUACUCCAUGGGAGAGGGGCUCGAGUUAUAUGGUUAUAAUUGACGGAGGAUUUUGUUUUUACGUCUUGCUGUCAGAGUUGUCAGGAAUAAACAGAGAUCACCUCCAAAUAUAUCCACUGUCUGGGCCUCUUCAUAUCAUACAUAGUCCCCAGAGGAUGAAUCCUACCCAUUUUUUUGUUCAUGUAACUUUUCCUCCAUCGCCAUCAUCAAGUCAAAAUUUCUGUACUUCUGUUUUGCCAAAGUUGGCACGCUAACAUGCUAAGCUAAGAUAAUGAAUGUGGUAAACACUACCACACCCUGCGUGACAUCUGCACAGCAUUACCGUAUAAAGCUUCAGGGCUCAUUUUGGAAUCUGGUUUUCCCAGACAGUCACUGCAGCCUAAAAUUACAACAAUCCAGUAGUUGAAAACCUUUUAUUUUGCAGAAAUAAAUCCAUUUUUUACAUUUGUUUUGCACACAUAUGGCUCUAUGUCAUUUCUAUCUGGUGAGGUAAUAAUAUCUUUCCACCACAAAAACACAAACAAGACAUCAGUUCUGGUAAUCUACAUGUUGUGCCUUCAUUGUGUUAGAGACUUAUAAACUCUGUAAGUGUACUCUGUAAUAAGACAUCUGUUCAGAUUCUUGUAAAUCUUCAAAUAUGUGCUUUGAAGACACCUGUUGUGGGAUUAAAUAAGAGCAAGGUUUAAUUAAAAUAAAUAAAUAGUAUAUUAUCAUGCAGCAUUUUCUAUAGCUUUGAUAUUGUUUUCAUUGUUAAAAUAAAAAGCUGGUGUAAGGGUGUUUAGCAAAAAAAGCAAAAUGCCCCACAUUGUAAAAUUUACAACAAUAUAAGAGAUGAAACUGGAAAUGUCUGUACUGUGUUUGAGGAAAUAAAAUAAAGCUGCUGCUUGGCUAAAAAACA